AUCUUUCCCUUUCCUUUUCCUUCUCUCUCAAGAAGAAGAAAAGAUAAAAAUGGAGUGCACCCACAAAAAGUUCAUUCUACCCUCUGCUCUUUGCCCAUUUUCUCGAAAGCCAUGAAUUUGAUCUGAUCUCUAAUUUCUUCACGUUUUGGACUCGGAUCCCAAGAAAAUCACACAGAUCUAUGGCUCCAAUGGUGAGUUUCACUGAGACUUCCUAGUCCAACUCUCUCUCAAUCCAAAAAUACACAGGGUCAUUUUCGUCAUUUCCGAAAUUUACUCUACUUUUUCGAUAUGGAUUGCUUUUCUGCAAAUCGAACACCACUCAAGAUUGCUGAUAUCAGACUUUGACUUUUAUCUGAUUAACACAGAAGUUACGUGUUCUUGAUGAGAUAAUUACUCAUUCACAAGUUUUUGCCCAAAUUUCACGAAAUCAGGAUUUCUCUGAUCAAAAUCCAUCUGGGUUUAGUCUAAUUCCAAAUUAAACUACGUUUAAUGCCAAGUUUUCAUCUGGGUCUUUUUUUUAUUUGAUCCCCGGAAGAGAAAAUGGAUCAAACCCUGAAAACCCUAAAUCAUACCCAUCAAAAUUUCAACCCACCCAUUGAAUCUGGUGAUUGUGCUGUUAAUUUCUGGUCUCAAUCACUCACUUGUCACCAACAAUUUGCAAAUGUAUCUCAUGUUGAAUACCCAUCUUUCAAGAAGCCCAGAACCUCUGGAUUGAUCAACGAACCGACUACGGGCAUUCCCUUGAGGACUGAACUAUGCUUGCAAUUCAAAAAGGGUCAUUGCACUUUUGGGGACACUUGUCGCUUUGUCCAUGGCAUAGGGAUUGGGGGUACCCGAAAGCCUGUGCCUCAUAGGCAGGAAUUGAUGGCCAGAGAGACCAAUGUGAUCAAGAAUGGGAAUGAGGAUCAUAGAAUUAUCAGUGCAAUGAAACUGUGUAGGAGGUUUUGUAAUGGGGAAGUAUGCCCAUAUGGUGAGAGAUGCCAUUUUCUUCAUGAAGCGCCCGGGAAAUUUAGGAAGAGUUUUGCCGUAAGUAUUGGGACUAGUGGACCUGGAGGGUUUUCCAGGAAUGGGUGUGAUCAAUUGGAAUAUAAGCCAUCUGUGCACUCAAGUUUGGAUGCUAAUGGAGUGGCUCAGAAGCCAGUGUUUUGGAAGACUAAGAUCUGUAAGAAGUGGGAGGCGACCGGUAACUGUCCAUUUGGCGUGAAUUGCUGCUUUGCUCAUGGACAUACAGAACUACAGAAGUCUGGAUCCCAGGCACAGGCUGCAAUGGAAUCCGGGAAUGUUUCUCCUUCAAAGAUGAUACCUACUACUGCUACGCAUACAUCACUUAGUAGCACAAGGAAUGGGAUUGCUUGUGAGCAGCAAAUGCAGGUUAAGAAGCGCUUAUUCAAGUGGAAAGGAUUUGAGAAGAUGAGUCGCAUCUAUGCUGAUUGGAUUGACGAUAUGCCCCUCAAGCAUAGCUCACUGAGCAAGGUGGGGAGCUGAAUUUGAGUUUGAUCUCAUCUGAUGUUCCAUUGCACCAUUUUGUACAGGUUGGAACAACUCGACUUGGGUUUAGGGUCUUUGAAAAAACUGAUUUAGUCACCUUUCUGAAAUUUUCAAAGUAGUAGUACAAAAAAAUCCUUUUAGAGGCUAUGACCUGAGAUUGAGCAUGAGCUAGGUCCCUUAUAUAGAAUGUAAGUUCUUUAUAUUGUUACUACAUACUAGCCACAAGUGGAAAUUAAACCAUAUACUAUCUCAAUGGUAAAUCACAAGUUAUAGUAAAUCAUGUGUUCUCAAAGGAUUUGCUUCAUGCUUGUUUAGUCUGUGAUAAUUGCAUUUGCAGGGUUACAAACUUCCAUUUCUUUUCAAUUUCCCAAGUACUAAAUGUGUUUUUGCAAACAUCACAUUUGUUCCCAACUAUGAAUUUUCUAAUGAACUGGUUUAAGUGUGAGGAUCUACUGACAUCAUAUGCAAAUACUGA